GGCCGGAGGCCCCGCCCCCUACCGGGGUGUCUGUGGAGCCGUGGACGCGCCGGCUUUGAGCAUCCCUGGCGGGCCAGGGGGAGGCCCUGGGGCUGCGGCUUCCGCGGCCGCGGCCCCGCCCGCUUUCGGCAUGGCCAGCUCCGGAGAGGACACAUCCAACGAUGACGACAUGCCCCCUGCAGCAGCCGCCAUGGCGGUGGGCGCCCACCUUCUCGGCUUCUCGGAUGAGAUCCUGCUGCACAUCCUGAGCCACGUCCCCAGCACAGACCUGGUUCUGAACGUCCGGCGCACCUGCCGGAAGCUCGCGGUGCUGUGCCUGGACAAGAGCCUCACCCACACCGUGCUGCUGCAGAAGGACUAUGAGGCGAGCGAGGACAAAGUGAAGCAGCUGGUGAAGGAGAUCGGCCGGGAGAUCCAGCAGCUCAACAUGGCCGGCUGCUACUGGUUGUCGGGUGCCACUAUCGAGCACGUGGCCCGCUGCCGCAGCCUGGUCAAGGUGAACCUCUCGGGCUGCCACCUGACCUCCCUGCGCCUCUCCAAGAUGCUCUCGGCCCUGCAGCACCUGCGCUCCUUGGCCAUCGACGUGAGCCCCGGCUUCGAUGCCGGCCAGCUGAGCGGCGAGUGCAAGGCCACGCUGAGCCGCGUGCGGGAGCUCAAGCAGACGCUGUACACGCCCUCCUAUGGCGUCGUGCCCUGCUGCACCAGCCUGGAGAAGCUGCUGCUCUACUUCGAGAUCCUGGACCGCACGCGCGAGGGCGCCAUCCUCUCGGGCCAGCUGAUGGUGGGCCAGAGCAACGUGCCCCACUACCAGAACCUGCGGGUCUUCUAUGCGCGCCUGGCCCCAGGCUACAUCAAUCAGGAGGUGGUGCGGCUCUACCUGGCCGUGCUCAGCGACCGCACGCCCGAGAACCUCCAUGCCUUCCUCAUCUCUGUGCCUGGCAGCUUCGCCGAGAGCGGGGCCACCAAGAACCUCCUGGAUUCCAUGGCCCGCAACGUCGCGCUGGACGCCCUGCAGCUGCCCAAGUCCUGGCUCAACGGCUCGUCCCUGCUCCAGCACAUGAAGUUCAACAACCCGUUUUACUUCAGCUUCAGCCGCUGCACGCUGUCCGGCGGCCACCUGAUCCAGCGGGUCAUCAACGGCGGGAAGGAGCUCCGCAGCCUGGCGAGCCUGAACCUCAGCGGCUGUGUCCACUGCCUGUCCCCGGACUCCCUGCUCCGCAAGGCGGAGGACGAUAUCGACAGCGGCAUCCUGGAGACGCUGGUGGCGUCCUGCCGUAACCUGCGCCACCUCAACCUCUCGGCCGCCCACCACCACAGCUCCGAGGGCCCGGGCCGCCACCUCUGCCAGCUGCUGGCCCGGCUGCGCCACCUGCGCUCCCUGUCCCUGCCCGUCUGCUCCGUGGCCGACUCGGCGCCGCGGGCCGACCGCGCGCCCGCCCAGCCCGCCAUGCACGCCGUGCCCCGCGGCUUUGGCAAGAAGGUGCGCAUCGGUGUGCAGUCCUGCCCCAACCCCUUCUCGGGGCAGGCGGGCCCUCAGCCUUCCUCCGUGUUCUGGUCUCUGCUGAAGGACGUGCCCUUUCUGGAGCGCCUCGAGCUGAUCGGGUCCAACUUCUCCUCCGCCAUGCCGCGCAACGAGCCCGCCAUCCGCAACUCCCUCCCGCCCUGCAGCCGGGCGCAGAACGUCGGGGACUCAGAGGUGGCCGCCAUCGGGCAGCUGGCGUUCCUGAGGCACCUGACGCUGGCCCAGCUGCCCAGCAUCCUGACGGGCUCCGGGCUGGUCAGCAUCGGCCUGCAGUGCCAGCAGCUGCAGUCGCUCUCGCUGGCCAACCUGGGCAUGAUGGGGAAGGUGGUCUACAUGUCCGCCCUCUCGGACAUGCUGAAGCACUGCAAGCGGCUGAAAGACCUCAGGUUGGAGCAGCCGUACUUCAGUGCCAACGCCCAGUUCUUCCAGGCGCUGAGCCAGUGCUCCGCACUGCAGCGUCUCUGCCUGGUGUCGCGCAGCGGCACGCUCCAGCCCGAGGCCGUGCUGGCCUUCAUGGCGCAUUGCCUGCACGUCGUCGUGUGCCACAUGUUCACCGGGGAGUCCCUGGCCACCUGCAAGAGCCUGCAGCAGUCCCUGCUCCGAAGUUUCCAGGCCGAGCGGCCCGCGCUGAAUGUCGUCAUCUUCCCUCUGCUCCACGAGGGCCUGACCAAUGUCAUCCGGGACGUCCCCAUGGUGCACCUGGAUGAGAUCACCUUAUUUAAAAGCAGAGUGGCUGAGGAGCCCCCGAACCUGUGGUGGUGACAGGGACAGCUAGCGCCGGGCGAAGCUGCUUCUGGCGGCCGAGCCUCCUGCCGGCCACUGUCGCCUCUGUCAGUCUCCUGGGCCUGGAAGCACGACUGCCCUGAGGGGCGUGUGGCCCGGCUGCUGCUGCUCAUGCCUGCCCCUGCCGGACACUGGGGCCCCUUGGGUCCCAAGAGGAAGGACGCCCCCUCUGCCCGGCUAUCCCGUGCACCUGUCGUCUCCCAGGGCCCCCCGAAGCUUCCUGUUGCUUGCUCUUGGCGCUUGGUGAAACGCGAGUCCCAUCCGUGAGGAGGAUGAGAAGGAAGAGCCGGCUGUCCCUGCAGGGCCUGGCGUGGGUACUCCUGAGCUGAGACUUGCAUCUGUCACGGAGCGCUGACUCCCCGGGGGCCCUGACCAGGUCCCCAGAGCAGCACGGGGCCCCAGUGCUGCCCCCCCAUCGCCACUUCCACCCUCCAGAGUGUCUCAUGUGUUUGUGGCCACCUGCCGUCAGGCUCUGCGGAGGGGUGGCCUCGGGCCCGGGGUCGGAGGUGGCCAUGUGUGUGGGGACGGAUGCGCUCACACGGUUACACGAUGGCACGGCUUCCCUCGGGCCAGCUGGGAGCAGAGCGCAGUGGGGAGCUCCAGAUUUGGGGCUCUCCUUCCCAGUAACACACGUUUUAACCCAAUUAUGUCCAGCGUGUUUCCAGCCAGAUGGCGUCAGACAAGUUCGGGGCCGCUGGCUGGGCAGGGACCCCCGUGGCGCUGGGACUGCGGGGCAAGGCCUGGGGCAGGCCCGACGCCAGCACAGCACUCAGCUUUAGGACCUCUUCUCCGUGAAGAUCUGCGUUUCUGGGGAAAUACAUACCUGGCUUCAUUCAAGAAACUUGAAAUAUUAAAACUUAGAAAGGAC